AUGAGCCGGCCGCUUAUGGACCACAUCUCCAGUAGUUUCCGAGAAGAUGCUCCUCGACCCCCAGUGCCGGGGGAGGAGGGCGAGGCGCCCUGCUACCCCGGCAAACUCUCCAUGAUGAAACCCCCCAAGUCUGCUGUGCUCCUCGGCUCUCCUGGAUCCUCUGUAACCCGGAGGAACGAGGAUGGUCUCGGGGAGCCGGAGGGCAGUGCAUCCCCGGAUUCUCCUCUCUCAAGGUGGACAAAGUCGUUGCACUCCCUCCUCGGAGACCAGGACGGUGCACUUCUUUUUCGGACCUUCCUGGAGAGGGAGAAAUGCGUGGACACUUUAGACUUCUGGUUCGCCUGCAAUGGCUUCAGGCAAAUGGACCUAAAGGAUACCAAAACGCAGCGAGUCGCCAAAGCAAUCUACAAGCGCUACAUCGAGAACAACAGCAUUGUGGCCAAGCAGCUGAAGCCUGCGACUAAAACCUUCAUACGGGAUAAUAUCAAGAGGCAACACAUCGACUCUGCGAUGUUCGACCAGGCGCAGCUGGAGAUCCAGAGCGACAUGGAGGAGAACGCAUACCAGAUGUUUCUGACCUCUGACAUUUACCUGGAGUACGUGAGAACCGGAGGAGAAAACCCCAAUCACGUCAACUCCAACGGGCUGCUGGGCGACCUGAAAGUUGUGUGUGGAUACCUGCCCACGCUCAACGAGGAGGAGGAGUGGAGUUGUGAUUUCAAAGCCAAAGCGCUGCUUGGAUUGUCGGCGUCGGUGAAGGUGCAGAAGACCACCACCGUGUCCAUGAGAGCGGUGGAGGUGAUGGAGAGGGGAUACAGAUCGUACAAGAGAGGAGACUCGCUCAACCCCUGCCAUGUGGGCUCUUUCGCCCCCGUCAGCAGCACCUACGACAGCGAGGUGUCCAGUGACGCCUUGACGGACGACGCCAUGUCCGUGACUGACAGCAGUGUAGAUGGCAUCCCUCCGUAUAAACUGGGCUCAAAGAAACAGCUACAGAGGGAGAUGCAGCGCAACAUGAGGAUGAACAGCCAAGUCUCUCUGCCUGCUUUCCCUCGUACUCGCCGUCCUCCCAAGGAGAUGGUCCCGAUGGAGCCGUCAGAGUUUGCAGCCCAGCUCAUCUCCCGCCUGGAGAGCCUGAAGAGAAAGCAGGACACCCUCAACUCUCUGGAGGAGAAGCUGCAGCAGAUUCAGGAGGAGGAGGAAAAAGAAGACACGGAGAUGAUGGGAAGUGCUCCCCAGCUCUCCCCCCACCCCUUGACCCUCCUCCCCGGCUCCUCUGACGAGGACCCCCAGGCCAUUCUGGACGAACACCUGUCCCGCGUCCUGAAGACCCCCGGCUGCCAGUCCCCCGCCGUCAUCCGCCACUCGCCUCGCUCCAGCUCCCCAGAGCACCGGCCCAUCACACGGGCAGGCUUCGGAAUCAAGGCCCUGGUCAGGACGGGGCCCUCCAGUUCUAGUCCCGACCAAGCGGCCAUCGCUCUGGCCUUGGGCCCCGGCAGGACUCUCGUGAGCCGGCAGAGCACAAAACACAUCCACCACCACUACAUCCACCACCACGGCAGUCCCAAGACGAAGGAGCAGAUCGAACGGGAGGCGGCGCUCAGGGUGCACGGUCUGUGCUCCAGCAGCGGCAGCGGCGGCGAGUGCCAGCCUUACCAGCGCAGCCGCAGCCUGGGCCGAGAGAUGUGUGGCGCCGUCUCACCAGACGACAGCGUCGGGCGUUCCAGCUCUCUGUCCAGGCGUGUGUGUCGUUCAGGGGCUGAGGAUGGAGUAGCGGAGAGGUGUAUGGACGACUGCGGGCCCUUACAGCUGCCCAGCGACACGACAGACCCCACCCAGAACGUGCUGCAGUGGAUCCUGGAAAGUAAACGGCAAGGCAGGCACAAGUCUCACAGUAACCAGAGCACCAAGAAAUCCUUCGGAGGCUCCUCUGCGCAGACGCACACGUGGGGUGGCGGCGGAAGCUGUGGCCACCUACGCAGCCACCAGCCGGCCCAGCCAUUCAUCCAGGACCCGGCCAUGCCUCCCCUGCCCCCUCCCAACACUUUGGCCCAGCUGGAGGAGGCCUGCCGCCGGCUGGAGGAGGUCUCCACCAAGACCACCAAGCAAAGGCAUCCAAUGUCCAGUCUCCAGCAAGAGAAGAGCCACCUAGUGCCUGUCCAGGGUGAGGGGUCCGUCCCUCUGUCUCUAGCCAAUCCCAGCCCCGCUGGCCUCCUCUCAACCAGCCCCGGUCUCCAAUCAGAAGAGGUGAAGGAGUGUAAAAAGGGUUCAGGAGGCGAGACAGUGGUGACGUAUUUCUUCUGUGGCGAGGAGAUCCCCUACCGGAGGAACAUGAAGAGCCACAGUCUCACCCUCGGCCACUUCAAGGAGCAGCUCCGCAAGAAGGGCAACUACAGGUACUACUUCAAGAAGGCCAGCGAUGAGUUUGAGUGUGGUGCGGUGUUCGAGGAGGUGUCAGACGACGGCUCCUUGCUGCCCACCUACGAGGGCAAGAUCCUGGGCAAGGUGGAGAGGAUGGAGUGAGACCUCCCCCCCCCCUCCCCUCCCCCUACACCCUCCAUGCUGUUGUGGAUUAUACAGACGCUUCACACCUCCAUGGAUGUACUCCCUUCGUAUGCUCACACACACACAGAGCGUAUGUCUUUUUAAGCUACGACUGGAGACGCAGUUGAAGGAAUGUCAACGAGGUUUUGGGCAGAUGGAUCUGGACGCACGAUGGACAAGGAGGACAAGUCAUCGCUAUUACAGGACUAUCACGUGAAGAGCCCUGCCUCGAAGUGAAGAAAAUAAAAGACUUGUGUGUUGCUGGACUGAAACGUCUCCGUGUUUCCAGAAGAGAAAACUCUACAGAGACUCUAGGUGAAUGACCACUCCUCAAAGAAGCGGGGGCAGGCGGGUUCAAAUCUGAGACUUGACCGCCUACCCAACCCCGCACUGUGCUAGCAUCCCACUAGCACAACCGCUAAUAUGUAUAUGCAGAUAUACAUGUACAUUGCAUUGUAUUGUGAUGCUCGUAUUGCUGUGUAAAGAUUUCUAUUGCUAUUUAUUGGAAAUGUCCCAGCCCCGACUCUUCUUAUUCCUCCAUGGACAAGCUGCUUGGAGUUGGAGAAACUUCUCCAAUUUUUCCCACAUCCGUGAUUUUAUUUUUCUUCCCUUCUGAGCGUCAGUUCUCAAGCAAAGGAAAUGGGUUUUAUUCAUUUUCUGCCCCUCAUAUUGAACUGUAAACUUCAAAAAUACCUCUUUAAAAAAAACAAAUCCACUCCUGUUCUUGGAGGUUUUAGCGGGACAUCACGUCCGAUCUCUUGGCUUUGGAGAGCUUUACUGCUGAAGCUUUGAGAAUGGCUCUCUUAUCACUUAAAACAAAGUUUGAUAAUAUAUUUACUACUGCAGUGCUGUUUGUGGCCGUGUCCCCAUCUGCUCAGAGUGUACUACGAAGAAAUGAAAAAAAAAAGAAAAGAGGAACAAAAAUGCUAUUAAACGUUUUAAUUCCCAACUCUGGGACGCUGCCCAGCUAGCCUUGAUCUGUCGCGUCUUAGUGCCUUUGUUUCAGUGGCGCAGGCAUCGCACAAAUAGCCUACGUAUUUACUAAAGAGGAAACUGCCCUGAACAGGUCCUAGAGUCCCCAAAAUGUGUUUACACCCAUAUUAAUAUUUACCAACAAAAAGCUCUAUAACGUGCUCCCCAACGUGCUUACCUAUGUGAUUGUGUGACUGAGUUGCUUUAGAGUAGGGUUACUCUGUGUGUAUUAAACCUGCACUAUGAGCUGCAGGUGAUAAUGAUGGUGGUGAUAUAUAUACAUAUAUAUACAUAUCUAUAUAUAUAUAUAUAUAUAUUAUAGACACUAUGUCCAUAGUGUUUGAAUCGAGUACAGUAGCUGUGCCUACAUGGAUUCUUGCCGUGUUUUACCCAGUUUUCAGGGUCCUAUUACUCCCUUGGUUUUCACAAGGGGCCUUAUGUUGAAAAGAUAUUUUUAUGCCUUUUAGUAUCCGUUUCAUCAUGUUUUAUGUUUUAUAAUAUUUUUCAUGGCUUCCUUGGCUCCACUUGUAAACUGUAAAUUAUGCGUUCUAUAGAGCUCAGUUGAAAAAGAUGCCUCGGUACUUUAAUUAUUGUAAUUAUGAAGAGAUGUAGCCUUUAUUAAAAUGUUCUAUUUUUCAAAUUA